ACAACUCUUCAAACUCUCCUUGCACAAUGAAAAAACAAGAACGAUAUUUUCUGCGAUUCUCUCUCUGAUUUCCUUUCUCGAACGACUGAUAUUCUGCCGGACGACUUGUCGUUUCAUUUCUACAUAUAUGGCGAGGAGACCGGACGAGGAAUACGAUUACUUGUUUAAAGUAGUUUUAAUCGGGGACUCCGGAGUCGGCAAAUCCAACUUGCUCUCCCGAUUUACUCGUAAUGAGUUCUGUUUAGAAUCAAAAUCCACAAUAGGCGUCGAAUUCGCCACCCGUACUCUUCAAGUUGAGGGAAGAACUGUGAAAGCUCAAAUAUGGGACACAGCGGGUCAGGAGCGAUACCGGGCAAUAACCAGCGCCUACUACAGGGGUGCCCUUGGAGCUCUUCUAGUUUACGAUGUGACAAAACCAACAACGUUUGAAAACAUGAGCCGGUGGUUGAAGGAACUCAGAGAUCACGCAGAUGCCAACAUUGUGAUCAUGAUGAUUGGCAAUAAAACUGAUCUGAAGCAUCUUCGAGCAGUUGCCACAGAGGACGCCCAAGGUUAUGCAGAGAAAGAAGGCCUAUCAUUCAUUGAAACCUCUGCUCUUGAAGCAACAAACGUAGAGAAAGCAUUCCAAACAAUUCUCUCAGAGAUAUAUCGAAUAAUUAGUAAGAAAUCACUAGCUUCAGGCGAGCCAGCACCUGCCAGUGUUAAAGAAGGUCAGACUAUCGAUGUAGGAGCCACAUCCGAAGCCAACACAAAGAAACCUUGUUGCUCUUCAUCCUGAACCUGAAGGUGGUUUCGGAUUACCACAGUCCCACCGGUUCUUGUUGAUUUUUCUCUUAAUGUUCAUUUUUCAUCCUUGGAAUGGUUAUUGUUUCAACUUACGAUAUAUUGAAUGUUCAAACUUGCACGUCAUUUGUUUGUUGUCCAGAUAUUUGAUGAUUUUGCUAUGGCAGUUUGCAUGAGGCAUGCCAUAGUUUUCUGUGGAAUUUAGUGUAUAAUGUAAUAAUAGAAUACAAUGUGAAGGAAAUUGUAGUUUGAA